GAAACACUUUAAAGCAUGCACUCAUGGUUACAUGCAUAUGCAUGCACAUGUAAACACAACUUCAUAGUAUAAUGGAUGCAACUAAUGUUUUUAUCCUAUCAGUAAAAUCUUCUUUCCUGUCUUACUCUUACUUUCAGCAUAGUUAUAUGACUUUCUUUAUUGCAGGGCCAUUGACAGCAAUUUAUGUUUCUUCUUCUCCAAGAGAUGGAUCAAAGGGUCUUCCAGGAGCAUAUAGUGAGGACGCAGCAUUGAAAGCAUAUCCAAAAUGUGAGACUGUGCCAUGUGACAAAUUUCAAGAAUGUCAGAGAUUUGGAAUAUAAUUAUUAAGUUUUUAGUUGGUUGGAUUGGAUUCAAGUAAAUACAAUUAAAUUAUGUUGGAUGUUCAUUUUACUAGGUAUACGGAUGGUUAUUUUCAUUGUUAAGUGGAUGUUUGGUUGUUAGUAUUAGAUUCAAGUAGAUACAAUUAAAUUAUACUGGAUGUUUAGUUUAAUAGGUAUGCAAAUGGUUAUUUUC